UAUGUACACGGAAGAUAGUGAGUUUAUUAUAACACCAGACAUAGGACACUCAUUACCAUAGUAAUUAAUAAAGUAGUUCAUGUGGAAGAAUAAUAUAUUUAAAGCCGGUGAAGAGCGUACAGCAGGUGAAAUAAAAAUUUAUCUUCAGUGACAACCGUCAAAUUUCCUAGGACCUACUCAUUAAAUAUUAAUUUGAACCGAAGGUACUGAGAGUAUAAAACCCGGGGACUAGGAAAUUUUUUUAUCACUCGCUGGCUCAUCGUCCUACGGUUUACAUAACUUACAAUAGAAUCCAUAGACUUUUAGUUUCUAAAAAUGUUUAAGCACCAGAUAUUUUAUUACACUUCACUUAAACUGAUAGUUAUUAUUUUGUCUACAUUCAUUUUAUCAUCGGCAUCAAUAAUCCGUGUACGUGAAUCAGAAAGACGUAUCGAGUGUCCACGUGGCUGUGCUGGCGAGUGUGAUAAGUGCGAAUACGGAGUUUCAGUUUCACAGCAAUGUGGAGUAUUGGAGUGCAGAAAGGGACCAGAUGAACGUUGUGGUGGACAUGGUAAUGGAGCAUGCGGAGACGGGAUGAUUUGCUUGUGCGAAAGAUGUAUCGGAUGUAGCACUGAUACUCUCGAGUGUUCAAGUACUCAUUUCGAUCAUCCCUGCUUACCACCAGGAAUCAAUGACAACACCGACCCACGGUACUUGGACUUUAAUAACAACCACAUUUUCUAUGGUUAAAUUAUUUAAUUAUUUAUUUGACUCGUAUUGAAACAUUGCCGCUACAUAUGCCGCUCCCAGUAUUUGACUCUAGCUCAGAUGUUUUAUAAUUAUGUGUAUAGAUAUAUAUAUAAAUAAAUGUAUGCAUUUAUCAGUGAACCGUACAUAAAUAUUCUCGCUCUGUCACUUAUUAUUUUAUUAAAAAUUAUUUCACAUCAGCACUCGACUAGAAAUUAUUUCUACUUAAGUGACUUGAAACUCUAGUAAACUACAAUUACUG